AAAAACAGUGGCAGUUUUGUAGAUCUAACGGGAAGUUAAACGAGUAAUUUUUUGUUGAUAAAUAGCAGCAGCUGUCUCUUAAUAAACUAAAAACCAACUCAAUCAACAGUUCCACAAAAUCAUAACGUCUUUAUUUCUGCUUGAGAGAGUAGCACUCAUGAAGAAGGCAUGUGGGUUCAGCUCAUCGUUGAUAAUGGUGGCGAUAGCGGUGGUGCUAAUGGUGGUUAUGGUACCACAAGUCUCCGCCACUAGAUGGACUGUAGGAGGUAACAAGGGUUGGACUACUAAUGUGAACUACACCAUUUGGGCUCAGGAUAAGCAUUUCUAUAAAGACGAUUGGCUCUUUUUUGUGUACGACAGGAACCAGAUGAAUGUGCUAGAAGUGAACAAGACAGAUUACGAGUCGUGCAACUCUGAUCAUUUUCUUCACAACUGGACUACAGGAGCUGGAAGAGAUGUAGUUCCGCUCAACGUGACUCGUGACUACUACAUCAUUAGCGGGAAAGGGUUCUGUUACGGUGGCAUGAAGCUAGCUAUUCAUGUCGAAAAGCUACCUCCUCCUCCAACUGCUUCCCCUGUAAAAAAUGCCUCUCCAGUCUCUAACCUUAGAGGCCAGUAUGUUCUACCAGCUGUUGUUGCCAUUGGUGUUUUAUGGGAUGCAUUUGUUCAUAUCUGGUAGCAUUUCUCACCAUUUUAUGUUACUUCUUUAUGAAGUAACCUCACCAUCUAAAAACAUUUUCUUUAACCAAAUUGUGAAGGGGAAUUUGAGAUUUCUUUGCAUACUCAUUUUUUGAUUUUCUUUUCUUGGGGGGCGUUGUUUAAUUUAUGAUUAUGAGUGUUGAUUAAGCUGAGAAAUUGUUAUCGAUGGAAAGACUUGAGGAUUGGUUUGAUUUAUUUAUUAGUGGAGAAUCCUAAUGCAUAGAUUGUGCCA